UCUCGAAGAUGGGGACAACCUUUGUCCUCCUCCAGUCUGCUGGGACUUCUCCUGUUCUCCAAGAAUGCUCAAACAUUAUUGCCAGUGGUUCUGAAAUCACUUCUAGUUCCUUCAGUACUCUUGGAUGGGGUUCAUCUAGCCCUGGAGACUUGGAGAUAGAAGAUAGUUAUCUCUUGGUCUCAGGGAUUUGAACGACUGGUAGGCUCAAGGAUGGAUCUUCAACCACUGGUAGGAUGGCUUGCUAUCAGAUAGAACAGAACACGCUGAUGUCACACAAGCCGCAGCCCGCCAUUCUGAAAGAUGGGAGAGCGCCAACAUCGCUGAGCCAUAGAUAUGGAGUACCAGCUGAUCCACACCAAGUUCUUGGCCCAGCAAUACCUGAACAAACCAUUGCUCUACAAAAGGCAGCCAAAACCCUACCGGGCUCUUGCAGGCAGAGAAACCAACACAACGCCGCUCUUCCCCGACAUCCAUCCUGGAAAACAAAGCAAACCUCACACGGAAGGUCGGCUGCAGCUUGUAACGAAUCUCGAUAGCCCAGGACCGGCGGCUUAUCCACCUCCCGUCUUGAACUGCAGGGAAAGCAACGCUCCAGCCUACACCUUUGGGUGGAAAACACCUCCAAAAGAUGGCAGUGGACGCCGGUCCUGGCAGAAACCCUGGUUCCAGAGCAAGAACCCUUUCCACAGGAAAACAGAUUAUACCCAGGAAACAAAUUGGCCAUCUCCUUUCGACUACGGACCAACUUUGGGAUCCAUGCUGGUCAACCGGCCCACCAGUCCCAAUUUCACCAUGGGUCGCAAGGGGGAGUUCUCUUGGGUAAACAAAACUACAAUAGAUGACCCGGCACCCAAUAGGUAUAACACGGACCGGGCCUACAAGCAUGUGCUGUUCCGAUCACCCUCCUUCAUCAUGCGUCCGGCUCAACACAUUGUGUUUGGAUGGGCCAAAAAAGACCUCACCCCAGGCCCCGGUGCCUACGAUGUGGAGAAGGGGCACUCUGCCCGGCUGCCCAACUCCCCGAGUUUCUACAUCCAAGGCGUCCGGCGACCCAAGAAGCACGAAACGGGGCCCUUUUCGACGCUGUGAGGCCGCCGAAACAAUGAAGCAGAGUGCCCCAAGGCCCAGUGCUCUGUUCCCAGCACAACGAACCACCCCGUGACGCUGCAGUUACGACUAAUACAGCCUGAAAUGCACCUUUCCUAUCUUUCCCAGCUGUGUGUUGGCUUGAACCACUUCCAAGAUGUAAAUAAAAAU